GCGGCUGGCCAGCUCCCAGCGAGCCUCCUCCUGCUCAGCUGAGGGGCGAGUGUGUCCACAAAUAGGCCGUCCCCGAGCGUUGUAGCAGUCUCUACACGACCUGUGGGGGUUGAUUGGGUUGUGUUUUUUUAAUUAACGCUAUCCGUCAGGUGAGAAGCGCUCGGGGGGCGGGAGGAGCCUCGCCCGGGGCCGUGAGCCGGGCUCGGGGCGGGCUCCCCGGUGCAGCGGCGAGACAGGCCACGAGCGUCCCUCUCCAGUGUUUUCCGGUGACCCGGAGGGUUCCCUUGCCCAGCGCCAACACCUCGGUGUGGUUUUUAGCCUGUGGAAGUGGUUGUGUCUCAUGCUGGCUGCCGAUGCGACCAGCUUUCUGGAAGAAUUGACCUCUCUGUCUAUCAAAUCAUAACCGGCUUUAGGCACCUCAGGCAGGUGCAGAAGCGCGGACUGGCGGGGUUGUUUUCAGCGUGCAUGCUAAGAGCAUUCGAAGUGGCAAAGGGAGCUUGGAGUUUGGCUUGGAUACCACCUUGGGAUUUCAGUGACGCCUUUAGAGUCCUCUACUCAGCAAUUUGAGGGUGAGUGGAACAGUGCAGAGAUUUUGGCACUAGCAGCUGGAGCCUGUUACUAUUUGGCAAAGCCUCCAGUAAAUGAACCGAGGGAACCGGAACAGUUUCUAAUGCAGGCGCCCCAGGGAAAUCCACUGCUGCUUUCCCACACCCUACCAGAGCUAUUGAGCAAGGAUAGUGUGCAGGUGGAGCUUAUACCUGAGAAGAAGGGCCUUUUUCUGAAACAUGUGGAAUACGAGGUUUCCAGCAAGAGAUUCAAAUGCUCGGUCUACAGGCGGUACAAUGACUUUGUGGUGUUCCAUGAGAUGUUGCUGCAGAAGUUCCCAUAUCGGAUGGUGCCAGCACUUCCACCCAAGAGGAUGCUGGGAGCUGAUCGAGAAUUCAUAGAAUCUCGGAGGAGGGCGCUGAAGCGGUUUAUAAACCUGGUGGCUCGACAUCCCCCUUUCUCAGAAGAUGUGCUCCUGAAACUCUUUCUGUCUUUCAGUGGCUCAGAUGUACAGAAUAAGCUAAGAGAGUUGGUCCAGGGAGUAGGAGAUGAAUUUAUGACCUGCAGAUUAGCUACACAGGCCAAGGACUUCCUUCCAGCUGACAUACAGGCCCAGUUUGCUGCCAGCAGGGAGCUCAUCAGAAAUAUUUAUAACAGCUUCUAUAAGCUUCGGGACCGUGCAGAGAGGAUAGCUUCUCGAGCCAUUGAUAACGCCUCGGAUCUGCUCAUAUUUGGCAAGGAGCUAAGUGCUUUGGGCUCAGACACUACACCACUUCCUUCCUGGGCUGCUUUGAAUAACAGCACAUGGGGGACUCUGAAACAAGCCUUGAAGGGUCUGUCUGUUGAAUUUGCACUUCUGGCAGAUAAGGCUGUGCAGCAGGGUAAACAGGAAGAGAAUGAUGUGGUGGAGAAGCUGAACCUUUUCCUGGAUUUACUCCAGUCCUAUAAAGACCUGUGUGAAAGACAUGAGAAGGGGGUAUUGCACAAGCACCAGCGAGCACUGCACAAGUACAGCAUGAUGAAGAAGCAGAUGAUGAGUGCCACUGUGCAGAACAAAGAACCGGAAUCGGUGGAGCAACUGGAGUCUCGGAUUGUGGAGCAAGAAAAUGCUAUCCUAACCAUGGAGCUGCGGAAUUACUUCUCCCUGUACUGCCUGCAUCAGGAGACACAGCUUAUCCACAUCUACCUGCCUCUCACCUCUCACAUUCUGGGGGCCUUCGUCAACUCCCAGAUCCAGGGUCACAAAGAGAUGAGUAAAGUUUGGAAUGAAUUGAAGCCGAAGUUGAGCUGCCUCUUCGUGGGAUCUAGCAAUAUGCCAACUCCACCAUUGUCACCUCCAGAGGGAAACUUCUUCUCCAAUUAAUGCUCUGAGCAUCUAGCAUGGAGCAAGAAGUGCAAUCAAGGAAGGGGUGGAACUUCUACCUCCAGAUGUUAGAAUGAAUCCUCCAGACAGCUUUUUUUCUUUUUUUAAUUUUAUUUUUUUUAUACUGCUGCUUUGAGCUGCUCUCUGAUUUAGACAGACUGGAUGUGGGGCAGAACAUUCAGAUGUAAAGACAACCUCUUAGUUUUCAAAUGCUCUGGGGCAGAGCUGGUGUUCAUUAUCCUGCAGACACUCUUCAUGGGGUCAGGGAGUGACCUGGUGCAGUGAGUGUUGCAGUGUUGUUGCUGAUGCCUCUGCAUCUUGUGCUACCAGUCCUCCAGUAAUGUGUGUCCUCACACAUGCUGACACAUCUCUGCGCAUCUCUGAGGUGCUGAGAUGAACAGGGUAUUUGCAGCACCUGCUUGCAGUUAGAGAUGGAUUGCCUUUUAAGCUUGGGAGGGCCUGUGUUAGAGGCACAAGGAAAGCUGAAAGCCAUCCCCCAUCCCAUUGAGGGGUGUCUGGAUUUUGUUUCUUACUGCUAGACCUUAGUGCAAAGUAUGUGACUGAGGUGGUUGGAUUUGCUAACCCAGCUGGGGAAGGGGCAGUGCUGCAGUGUGACUAUCAUUUUCCCAGUGAGGCUUGGCAGUUUGGAUUUGUCAGUGUGUUUCAGUUCAUGGUUGCAGGGCAGCCCUGGAAUUUGCUCCUGUUUUUCAGUUUGGGUUCAGGAACUUAAAGGAGUUUGUCUGGCAUAAAUGAAAAAAUAAUUGAAUAAAACACUCCUUAAUUGUAAGCCACUCAUACUAAAUGAGCAGAACAGCUACAAGGUAGCUUGUUUAUUUUCUUCUGGAGGUUCUGACAUCUAUCUGUUGAGUAGCAGUUUAGGACUAUUGGAGAGCUGCUGACCCAAAGGCUGGUAUGUUCCUUGGUCUACUAACAGAUGAAGUAUCCUGUUACACCAGCAGGCUGGGACAAACUGCUGAUAAAAUUAUUUAGCAAAAAAUCAGUAUUUAUCAGGAAAUUACUGUAAUUCUUUUUUUCUAGCUCUGGGUAGCACUGGAGUGUGUUUGUGAGGGAGAGAAGACAAUUAAGUGACCGUUCUUUCUCUCUCUAAAAAUAGCACAGUCCUUUGUAAUGGGGUUUUCAGAAUGAUUUGUGAUUGUGAUAAAGGGACUGAACAUUC